AUGGACGAAUUCCUGUCCACCCCGCAGCACCUCAGAGGCGCACGUGGCGCGGACAAGAUGGCGCCUUCCUCACCGAGCUCCAGCAGUGUGACAGGCUCUGUUACUGAUAUGCCUGGCACUGAUGCACUGACACAAAUGUCAGCCGACCUGGCUACAAUAUCUGCCAACAUGCUCACCCGUGGGGACAAAACUGCGCUGGUAUCAGAAUUGCGUACUGUCAUCCGGGAAGAAAUUGCCGCGGUACGCAGAGAUCUCACGGCACUGGAACAGAGGGUGGAUGAUUUGGAGGAACACCGCCUCCACGCCACACACCAUCAGCAGGCUGCAGAUUUGGCAACCACACGGCAGGGGAACAUUCUCCUUGAGCUGCGCAGACAGGUGGAGGACCUGGACAAUAGAGGCCGCCGUAACAACAUACGAGUGCGGGGCCUCCCCUAG